UCGCUGGAUUCUGGAUUUGACUUGAUCCGACUCUUGAUGUAAACAACCGUCGUUAGGAAGAAAAAAUCAAGAAAUUUACUACUUCUUGCUAUUGCCUAUGUUAAACAAAUUAAAAUGACUAUUUCUGUUAAAGAACUGUCGACAUUGCUCGGAAUUCUCAGCGAGCAAAAUUGCGAGACUCAACAAAUGGAAGCUGUGGGCAACCAAGUGCUGCAAUGUUUCAACAAACAGGAUUAUUACAAAGUUGGCUGUGCGGUGGUUUUACUUCUUCAGCAGUCGGACCUAUUGCUUAGAAAUUCCCAGAGAGUUGCUGCCAUAUCGGUUCUAUACUCUCUGUACAAAGGAGAGCCCAUUUCAAUGAACCCCUUUGCAGGCGUUUUCAUCCAUCUUCUGGAAUCAUCCUCUCCAGAGACCGGCACAUAUACAGGAUUAGCAGGCGAGCUACCAACACUUACGCCUGUUGAAAAGGCUUUCGUCGCGCAACUUAUCAGUGGGCCCAAUAAAGAUUUAUUGAAAAAAACUCCAGCGCAAGUCUCUGCGAGCGAUGAGUCUACCUACCACAUGGGUGACCUUUCUGGAGUGCAAUUAGCUUUAGCGGAACGACAGUCUCAACUUAGCCACUCUAGCAGAUCUGCUAUACCAGUUACUUUGAGUGUGGAGAGUGGAAACAAAACGGGAGAAAACUACUCUCCGAAGAAAGUCGCAGAACAGCUAUUAACCGGAUUGAAUCCGCCUGUUGAGCAAUGCUACAAGCCAGAAUUCUUCAGGCUGGUCCCUCCACUACAUCAGUGUGACACCGAGCUGGUUUGGCUAUUUCCUUCUCAACCAACGGAGCACACUGUCGCUUAUGACUCCUCACUCUGCAUUACAACCUCCAGUGACGCUGAAGCCAGACGACUCAUGUCAAGGGCGUUCAAAAGCGCCCUAACCCUUCAACAACAACAGCUUUUCCUUGCAGAAUUGGAACGAGAUCCCAGCCUUGUGUACCACGUAGGAUUAACUCCCAGUAAACUACCACAGUUGGUGGAAAAUAACCCACUGAUCGCAAUUGAAGUCUUGCUGAGACUGAUGCAGAGCAGCCAAAUAACAGAAUAUUUCAGCGCUUUGGUAAACAUGGAAAUGUCACUUCACUCUAUGGAAGUAGUGAAUAGGCUUACAACAACAGUAGACCUUCCAACAGAAUUUGUCCACCUGUACAUCAGUAACUGCAUUUCAACGUGUGAAACGAUCAGGGAUCGGUACAUGCAGAACCGCCUUGUCAGGCUUGUUUGCGUCUUCCUACAGUCAUUGAUUCGAAACAAAAUCAUAAACGUGCAAGAGUUGUUCAUUGAAGUACAAGCAUUCUGCAUCGAGUUCUCGAGAAUAAGAGAAGCUGCAGCCCUUUUCCGUUUGCUUAAACAGCUUGAUUCGGGCGUUGAAACAACCCAAGGAGGCUCCUCACCUGUCACAACCACUACCAGCACAACUGCAUCUGGAUCCCCUAGCAAUUCUGCUAAAUAGUGACUUGUUUAUCACAGAGCUUAAACAAUUGUGCGAAAGAUAAUACUAAAACAAAUAAAACUCGCUCAUAUAA